GCUCCGGCCCCUCCCCCAGAGCGACUAUUCAGGCUCCGGGCCCCCCCCCCGAGUUGCUAUUCAGGCUCCGGGGCGCCCAGCGUGUGGCGUGAGGUCUUGAAGAGUCGCAGCGUCACGGUGAGCUCUUAUUCCAGACGUGCGAUGGCUGACAAAGAAGGUGGAGAAGUGACCGUGGAGGAGGAGGCUGGUUACAAGAAGGCGAAUGGCUCUGUUGUUGUGGACGAGCAGCGUGAGGAACCUUUAUCUCCCAGUGAGCUGUCAGAGAAGUUGAUGGAAGGCACCAAGAAAUCUCAUGAGAAGGCAGAGAACACGCACUUUGUGAAGGAGUUCCUCAAGGGCAGAAUCAAGAAACAUCUCUUCAAGCUGGCGACGGUGGCGCUGUACCACGUGUACACGGCGCUGGAGGAGGAGAUGGACAGGAACAAGGACAACCCCGUGUUCGCUCCGCUCUACUUCCCGGCAGAGCUGCACCGCAAGGCCGCGCUGGAGAAGGAUCUGCAAUUCUUCUACGGCGCACGGUGGCGGGAGGAGAUCGUCUGCUCCGACGCCGCUCAGAAGUACGUGGAGCGCAUCCGGUGGAUCGGGGAGCACGAGCCGGAGCUGCUGGUGGCCCACGCCUACACGCGCUACAUGGGCGACCUCUCGGGCGGCCAGGUCCUCAAGAAGGUGGCGCAGCGUGCCCUGCACCUGCCCGCCAGCGGCGAGGGCCUCGAGUUCUACACCUUCGACAACGUCACCAACGCUGGCAAGUUCAAGCAGCUGUACCGCUCGCGCAUGAACAGCCUGGAGCUGGACCCCAAGGGAGAGGAGCGCAUUGUGAGCGAGGCCAACAGAGCUUUCCAUUUUAACAUCGAGGUGUUUGACGAGUUGGAACGGAUUGGUGAGACGGUCCAAGAGGAGGCUUCGGAUUCUGGAAUGUCGGUGCACGACGGCACUGGAGACCUGCGGAAAUGCCCCUACUAUGCCGCCCAAGAUGUCAUCAACGCUGGCGCCGCCUGCCCGUUCCACGCCGCUGUGGCCCAACUGCGAUCCCCAGCUGUGCUGUCGGUGCUGGCAGUUUGUGCCGUGGUGCUUGCUGUGGUGGUCGCACUUGUCUGGAAUUAGCGUCCCCAGCCCAGCAAUUCCUUGCUUAAAUAAGGUGACACUGACGGUUCUAUGAGCAGGCAAACUGAGGAUUACUGUUAAAAAUAAAUAUAUAUUUAAAUAUACCGCUUACCCCCCCCCACCCCACAUUGGUUGAGGUUCAUGACUUCUUCACGUAGAACCAUUGUUAAUUUAUGUCCUAUUGGGCUCUUAUUUCAAUCCAGUUGCACUAUUUGUGAAAUGUUGAAAUAUUAUGGAGGGAUUCAGAGUGGUUUGCCUGCUGAAUCUUCAACCAAAUAAUGAUUGGGAAAUUUAAAAAAAGGUUAUAAUAUACGUGUUGUAUAUGGCCAUAUGUUAGUGUUCCGAAUGUAAAACUAUUGAGCUUGAUUUGCGGUCAAAACAAGUUAUUCAUUCCAGUACUAAAAACACAUUGUGAAAUAAUAUUAUAAAUCUUCAGUGGCGUUCUGAGUUGUAUACAUUAUUUAUGGUUUUGUUGCUCAGAUUGUUUCCGUGGCAGGCUUAAUGAGUUCGUGUUGUUCCUUAGUCCACCAGCGUAGGUGGUAUUUCAGAGUUUUGAAAUGAAACAAGCAUUUACAUUGGCCUUCAUGUCUUUGUCAGCUUUACUAGACCUCGUAGUUACCACCUUUACCAUUGAGACACAGAGGGGAGACACCUUGGGGGAGUUGAGUGGUCUGUUGUAAAGUGGAUAUUAACUUCACUCUUUGGUUCUUUCGGUAAAGUCAUGUAGUUGAAAAUAAAAAAUUAAAAUGAGAAUAAAAAUAACUAAAAAUCACGACGUUUCGGAGGCAACACAAGCUUCCGUCAUCAGGUGGGACAACCGCAGCAAAAAACAAAAUUAUUGUCGUGGGCCCACUACAGUAAGCUUGUGUUGCCUCCGAAACGUCGUGAUUUAAUUUAGUUAUUUUUUAUUUUCACCUACGUGACUUUACCGAAAGAACCAAAGAGGAUGGAUCCUUACAGUCACGAAAACUUCAAAUAUAGAAUGGAUAUUAACUGCGACAACCUGUAGGAGUAGACUAUUGGGUACACAUGUUAGAUCUGAUAGUCAUUUACACCAAUGUCAUAGAAAUGUACAUUCUACAACAGAAAAGCCGUUUGCGGUGAUUAUCGGCCCAAUGGAAACGGGGUCUACAUAAUUGUAUUUAUGCACGCUUCUUGACUGCGUGUAGAAUAGCAUGCAGCGGAAAACGCUAACCACUGCACAGCUGUACCAGUGUGAAAUAAUUUGAGUUGAUGUUGUGCAGUGACUGUCCAAUGUAUCAUCACAUGAACCUACAGUUCAGCUGUAAGUUAUUUUUUGUUAUGCUUUAAAAGCCCUAAGAAUUCUAAAUACAUUUUUCUGAUUUAAAAUAACAUUGAUGUUAAAAACCAAGGUCGAAUUAAACAUGUUUCGUUAGUUGCUUUUGCACAGCCUUUGUGAAACUAUCCAGGUAACGUGAAGUGUAUAACAAAGCGAUAGUGGUCAGUUACGCAACACCCUAAAUACGUGUGGAAUUUUGCCUUUUCUUGCUAUCUAAUUGCGGUAAAAUAAAGUGCAUUUCACUUAAUAUGUUCAUUGCAUUUGGCGACAGAUUCACAUUUUGGCUUAUCUGCUAAAAUAUCACCUAUAUGCCAUGGUCAUGAAAAUUAAUCGCCAAAGUGUGAAUCCAUUAACUGUAUAUUCAUUACUGUACUGGACAUAUACUGUAGUAGUGUGAAGACGUUGAAAUUCUUGUAAAGUUAGGUUUGGAUUUGACAUAGCUGGAAAAUAAAAUGACUACACCAUG